CUCAAGCAGUGUGGAACAGUGGCGCUGAACUGUACAUCGGCGUGCAAGCGGGACCUGUGUACAGCGAGACAAGCACUUUGUAUUGAGGAGAGUGCUACUCAACAAAUACAUUCCGAACUUGGAUUUAUUCACUUGAUAAUCAUGGCUGUGACUAACGCUGGGUGCGAUUUGACUUACUGCAGAAUGCGUGGGAUUAUGUCAGUUCUAACUGCUUUUAUCAAGGAGAGAAAAAUGGGUUUGAACGACUUCAUCCAGAAGCUUGUAUCCAGUCCGCAUAUUUGUCAGCAUGCUGCAGUUGAAUCAUUCCUGAAGAUUGAUGAGAACCAGAAUGAAGAAAUGGAAGCCGAGCUUGGGUCCAACUCGCUAUGUUUCAGACCCAGGAGCUCUCUGGCGGAGGAGUCUCAGAUUAAGCCGUGUGACUUCGACUACCUGAAAAUCAUUGGCAAAGGAAGCUUUGGAAAGGUUCUUCUGGCGAGGCACAAAGAGACUGCCCAGUACUAUGCCGUGAAAGUUUUGCAGAAGAAAAUGAUCAUGAAGAAGAAAGAGCACAAGCAUAUCAUGGCGGAGCGUAGCGUGCUUAUGAAGAACAUCAAACAUCCAUUCCUAGUGGGCCUGCAUUUCUCUUUCCAGACCACAGACAAGCUCUACUUUGUGCUGGACUAUGUCAACGGAGGGGAGCUGUUCUACCACCUCCAACGCGAAAGAGUGUUCCUGGAGCCUCGUGCCCGGUUCUAUGCUGCUGAGAUUGCCAGUGCCCUUGGCUACCUCCACUCUCUACACAUCGUUUACAGAGAUCUUAAGCCAGAGAACAUCCUUCUGGACUCCCAGGGCCACAUUGUCCUGACUGACUUUGGCCUCUGCAAGGAAGGGCUGGAAGCUGACGCAACAACCUCUACAUUCUGUGGAACUCCUGAGUACCUUGCACCAGAGGUUCUUCAGAAGCAAGCGUAUGACCGCACUGUGGAUUGGUGGUGCCUGGGAUCUGUUCUCUAUGAGAUGCUGUAUGGACUGCCUCCCUUUUAUAGUCGCAACACUGCUGAGAUGUACAACAACAUCCUGCACAAGGCCCUGGUGCUGAAGCCCAACGUGUCCAAUGCUGGCCGUGAACUGCUGGAGGGCCUGUUGCACAAGGAUCGCACACAGAGACUCGGAGUCAAGGAUGACUUUAUGGAACUCAAGGUUCAUGCCUUCUUCUCACCAAUCAACUGGGAUGACCUCAUGGCCAGGAAGAUCAUCCCUCCUUUUGUGCCCUCAGUGAGUGGCCCCACUGACCUGAGGCACUUUGACCCUGAGUUCACCCAUCUGCCCGUGUCGGCGUCCCUGUGCAACGGCGAGAGCUUCGCCGUGACGAGCAGCAUGCGCGAGGCCGCCGGGGCCUUCCCUGGCUUCUCCUACGGGCCUGGUCAUGACACCUUCAUGUAGGCCACGGAAUAACCCCCGGUGUCAGGGCAGAGUCUGUUCCUGGUCUAAUUUCUGAUCUCCAUUCCCUCUGGUCCUCUAUUGGCAGGAGAUGCUGCAGCGCAACGCAGAGGCAACAAAAAGGUCAUGCAUAAAGGGGGGUAGGUUUGAAACCACCACCUCUUCCCAUCACCUUUCAAUGAUGUCUUACCCCCAAACAGGCAGUACUAAAGGGGACCAUCCCAUGCUGGACAUGAGAAAGCUUGCACAAGACAGGAGAUACGUGUAAGGACUGCAAUCAUUUAAAAAGCAAUACAUUCUUUCAUCGUGAACACACCCAACUGAACCCUGAGGACUGACAGGAAGCGUGCCAAGUGUGAUAUCAUGGGUACAUGGAACGGCAGCUCUGUGGUGGCGGUUGAGGCACAGCUGCUCCCAGAGACUGUAUGGUGAAGUGCCUGAGUGUUUUUAGGCAGACAAGAUUUGGAGGAGACGACUGCAUUCAACACAGACUGUCCAGAUUUUACUCCGACGGUUGACACUGGUGUUAGCUGUUUGUGACAUGCUAUUUGUUUGAUUGUUGUUGUUUAGUUUUGACAUAUGAUCAAGAUUUUUACAUGUUCAUCAUAUAUAUUUUUUUCACAUGGCACAUCCUUUAUGUUGUUAUGGUAUGCGUUUUUUGUUAUGUUCAUGCUUAAUUGCACUCCAGGAAACAAGGGUUUAAGAGAAGUACUGUAUAUGCCUUUGUGGUUGUAUGGCGAACAAAGGGUCUUAUAUGAAUCAGAUUGCACCAUCUCAGAUAGUUCAGAUUAUGACCAUUUUGAGUGAAAUAUUACUCCAUUAUCAUCUGAUCUGCGAUAUGAAUUUAUUUAAUCUUCUGCAUGGACCAGAUAGUACAUCAAAAUCCUGCUAUUCCUAAACUGUCUCAGUUUUGAUAAUUCAAAGAGUAGGAACUAGUGGUACUCAUGUAGUAGUUUUUGAACCAUGUUUGUGUAAAAACUCUCCACCAAAGUCUGUUUGUUGUUCUAAGUCUUAUAUGUCAACACAUACAUGUAUCAUUUUCUCUUCUGACAGAAUGGAAUAGAAAUUGAAGAAAUGAAUUGUAGUUGUAUUAAUAUAUCAUAUUAACAUGAUUCUUUUUAAAAUACAUAAACCUCAGAAUGGAAAA